UCAUAAAAUAUUUGCAUGAAUUGUAAUAAUUUGUAAUAAAAAUAUUUGAUAAAAAGGGAAUCAGUAAUUAGAACGAAGAUGUAAACAGAUGCCACGCCUUUUUAUCGCAGACGAACAGUAAACUGUUGCAAGAUAUAUUAUUAAAUUAAAUAUGUAUUCGUAUUUAUUUAGAACAAUAUAUCUCUAUUUAUUAUUAUUAUUCAUAAUAGUAGGAACUGAAGCCAUUCGUUGUUAUCAGUGUAGUAGUGACACUGAUCCUAAAGGGGAAGAUUUAUGUGGAGCAUAUACAAAAUUUGAUAAAGAAAAAAAUAUUGCUGUAGAAUGCAAUAGUGAAGAAUCAAAUAUGCCCGGUACAUUUUGUGUUAAAAUAACACAUCAGAGUCCUCGUGGUUUUAUUUGGAACGGUAGAUGGCGCCAGGUGAUUCGUCGAUGUGCUUCAGUAUCUAGUACAGGAGUUACGGGUGUUUGUAACUGGGGAGUUUAUGAAAAUGGAGUAUAUUGGGAAGAAUGUUCUUGUUCGGAAAAUUCUUGUAACGGAGCAUCAACAUUAUCAUCAUUUUCAAUAAUCAUUUUAUUGAUUUUUGGUAUUUCAAUUACCAUAUUUUUCUUAUAAAAAU